CUGAAUGAACCUCUACUGUCAUAGGCUCACACAAUCGUUAGUAUCGUUACUAUCGUUAGUCCCUGUAGGGAGCAUUAAUUGGGGUUUUGUCAGACUAGUUUGUCGCUUCCGUUAGGUCGGGCUAUCAGUAUGCGGAACUCCCUGUAGACGGAUGAUGAUGAAGAGGAUGUUGUGAAGGCAGGUUGUAACUGACCGAGCAACUCGUUCAUCGACCAGAGAGGCGGACACACAUUUCGCAUCGUUUAUUAUGCUGCGAGCCUGUUAGGCGGAGUAGCAAGCCGUUAACCGUGUCUAACGUUUCCAAUAUUAUACCGUAAUCUAAAAUAAAUAAGAAUUCGGACAAACACCGCUGCCUCCCUCCCUCUGUAACCGAAGAGGGCACCCACCACCCAGGCCGUCAUCAGCAGCUGGCUUCGCAGCGGACGUUAGCGGCUAAUCGGCUAAUGUAAGCAGGUUUGAUUCAAUCAUUUUAUGAACCAUCACAAUGAUAAUCAAGGGGCUGUGUUUCAACUUUACACCUGAACUUUCCCAGUUGUGAUGGAAAGGCACCACUGACUCAAGAGGGAACAUAAAUCCUGGAUGCCGUGACAUACAGGACGUGGUUAAUCCAAGAUGGAGAAAAAGAAAAUGUGCCCUCGCCUUCUCGACUACUUGGUGGUUGUCGGAGCAAGGCAACCAAGUAGUGACAGUGUGGCCCAGACACCUCAGCUCCUUCGCCGCUACCCGCUUGAGGACUACCAUGACUUCCCACUCUCACCAGACGUGGUGUUUUUCUGCCAACCAGAGGGCUGCCUGAGUAUACGCCAUCGUAGGGUUAGCCUUCGUGACGACUCCUCAUUCGUUUUCACGCUGACCGACAAGGACUCAGGAACCACCCGCUAUGGAAUCUGCGUCAACUUCUACCGUUCCUUUCAGCGAGGACAUCACCGUACUCGCGGGGACAAGACCAGCCACACCGAGACAGCAGCGCAGGCGGCGGAGACCACUAGUGACGGGUCUGAUGGCAGCAGUGGAGGCCCACACUCCACGUUAUCUCCGCCUAACAAUGCUGAGUCAGCACCUCCGCCAGCCUCGGGAGAAGAGAGUGGACAACUAGGGGCCGAGUUAAACGCCGGCAAGUCCCCACAGCAAAGGCGGCGCGCUGCUAGGAUGGCAGCCAGGAAUCGCAACAGCACGCUGACCUCGCUGUGCAUACUCAGCCACUACCCCUUCUUCUCCACCUUCAGGGAAUGUUUAUAUAUUCUCAAGAGGCUGGUGGACUGCUGCAGUCAGAGGCUAACUCAACGAGCUGGGCUCCCUCGUGCCACUCAGAGGGACACUAUGUGGCGGGUGUUUACUGGGGCGCUGUCAGUUGAAGAGAAAGGCAGCCAGCUGCUAGCCGACCUGCGGGAGAUUGAAUCCUGGGUGUACCGGUUGCUGCGUUCACCUGUACCAGUGGCAGGUCAGAGGCGCGUGGAUGUUGAAGUCCUGCCCCAUGAACUCAAACGGCCACUCACAUUUGCCCUGCCUGACAAUUCUCGCUUCUCCAUGGUCGACUUCCCCCUGCACCUGCCCUUAGAGCUGCUGGGUGUGGAUGCCUGUCUUCAGGUCCUCAGCUGUAUCCUGCUAGAGCACAAGGUCAUUCUUCAAUCGAGAGAUUACAAUGCUUUGUCUAUGAGCGUCAUGGCCUUUGUGGCCAUGAUCUACCCUCUCGAGUACAUGUUCCCUGUCAUCCCCUUACUGCCAACAUGCAUGGCCUCUGCUGAACAGCUCCUUCUUGCCCCCACUCCAUACAUUAUAGGUGUACCAGCCAGCUUCUUCCUCUACAAAGCUGAUUUCAAAAUGCCAGACGACUUGUGGCUUGUGGACCUUGACAGCAGCAAGGUUAUAGCACCAACCAAUGCAGAGAUUCUACCACCUCUUCCAGAACCCGAAGCAGCUGAGCUUAAGAAACAUCUGAAACAGUGUCUGGUUAGGUUGACCGUGAUCACCCAAAAGCAGAUCUUCUCCUCUGAAAAUAAGGCCUUGGCCAGUAUGAGUUUGAACACCCAACCCAUUCUGAACCUGGAGAAGUUCCACGAAGGCCAGGAAAUGCCCCUGCUCCCACCUGGACGAGAUAAAGCUUCGCCAUCUUCCACAGAGUUCAACCCUCUUAUUUACGGCAAUGAUGUUGAUUCUGUGGAUGUCGCCACGAGGGUCGCCAUGGUACGGUUCUUCAACUCCCCAAAUGUUCUCCAGGGGUUCCAGAUGCACACUCGCACCUUGCGCCUCUUCCCCCGGCCUGUGGUGGCUUUUCAGUCAACUUCUUUUCUUGCAUCUCGGCCACGGCGCUCUAGCUUUGCAGAUAAACUUUCUCACACCCAGGCAGUGGAGUUCUAUGGAGAAUGGGCUCUCAAUCCCACCAACCUCGCCUUUCAGAGGAUACAUAACAAUGUGUUUGACCCUUCCUUAAUCGGGGACAAGCCCAAGUGGUAUGCUCACCAGCUACAGCCUGUGGUCUACCGAGUGUACGAUGGAAGCUCCCAGCUGGUUGAAGCUAUGGCUGGUCCCUUGGAGGAUGAGGGCAAUGAGUCUGACCCCACAGACAGUGGUAGUGACAGUGAGGCAUACGAUGACUCCAGCUCAUCCUAUUCCUCACUUGGGGACCUUGUAAGUGAGAUGAUCCAAGGUGACAUCCAGGGAGACACACCAAGCGUGGACCCGCCUACCCAUGCUGCACUGGGAGAUGCCAGUGAAGUUGAAUUUCAAGACUUUGAGGACUUCAGGGAAGUUCAUGGCUCAGAGGGUCCACCUAGUGGGGACGGACCCAUCGAACCUUCUGAUGGACAACCUCUUCGCUCAAGCUCCAGCACAACUGCAAGCUCAAGUCCCAGCACAGUCAUCCAGGGAGUCAACCAUGACCAGGGGGAAGCACCUGAAAUUGAAGCAUCAGCAAGUGCCGCUUUACAGAACUCUGUCCCCUCAUUGGGGAGUCAGCCAUUCCUCAGACCUACUGCUGAUUCUGGCCUGGUGGACUCAGUCAACAAAAAACAGGAGUAUGAUAACCCAUACUUUGAGCCUCAGUAUGGCUUCCCCUCAGAGGAUGACCCUGAUGCAGAAGAGCAAGUGGAGUCAUACACCCCUCGAUUCAACCAGAACCUCAAUGGCAACAAGGCACAACGUCCUUUACGUCCCAGUAGCCUGAGGCUCCCAGGAGAGUCUGACGGGGAGGGAGACUCCCGCAACAGCUCGCCAAACUCCACCAUUUCCAACAGCAGCAAUGAUGGAUUUGGAGGACUCAUGUCCUUUGCCAGCAAUCUUUACAAGAACCAUGGCACCAGUUUCAGUCUGUCCAAUCUUGCUCUUCCCAACAAGGCAGCGAGGGAUAAAGCAACGCCUUUCCCCAGUCUGAAAGGUGCACGUGCACCACGAGCACUUGUGGACCAGAAGUCUUCAGUAAUUAAGCACAGUCCAACAGUGAAGAGAGAAUCGCCCUCUCCUCAGGGUCGAGUCAACAACACGAGUGAGAAUCAGCAGUUCUUGAAGGAGGUGGUUCAGAGUGUUCUGGAUGGUCAGGGAGUCGGCUGGCUCAACAUGAAGAAAGUCCGACGUCUGCUGGAGAACGAGCAGCUUCGUGUGUUUGUGCUGAGUAAGCUUAACAGAGCUAUCCAGUCAGAGGAAGAUGCCAGACAGGAGAUCAUACGUGAUGUGGAGGUGAGCAGAAAGGUGUACAAAGGCAUGCUGGACAUCUUGAAGUGCACAGUUUCCAGUCUGGAGCACUCUUACACUAAUGCAGGUCUCGGAGGAAUGGCCAGUGUCUUCAGUUUAUUGGAAAUUGCACGCACACAUUAUCAAACCAAAGACCCAGAAAAGCGCAAGCGAAGCCCCACAGACAGUGCUGGCAGCCCAGGGAGUAAAGAGAGUCCUUCUGGCCAUAUGGAGACUGCCAGACCUCAGGGCCUUCUGAAUGUUCCACACCUGCAGCUGCCGCACCACACAAUGGGCAGAGGAGCCCGCCAUUUUGAUACCCGGAGUCUGAACGAGGAGAACUUUAUUGCCUCGAUUGAAUUGUGGAGCAAGCACCAGGAUAAGCAAAAAGCUAUGGAAAAACCACAGAGGUCUGAAGGAGCAAAGCAGCAGCGCCCCCAGGUGGCUGAUGCAGAGGAGAAGAAGUCACAGAUCAGUGCUGAUAGUGGCCUCAGUGUCACAUCUGGCUCUCAGAAGAGCGACACAGAGUCUGUAACAAGCUCAGAGCCACCAGUCCUGACGAGAAGCACCAGCCAGGACUCGGAGGCCAGCACAGUGAUAAGCAAUAGCUCUGGAGAGACUCUCGGCGCUGACAGUGACCUGAGCAGCACAGCAGGAGACGGCCUUGGUGGGAGAACUGCUCUUCACUUAAAUCAGUCCAGAGGGACUCUUUCUGACAGUGAGAUUGAAACCAAUCCAGCCACCAGCCAAGUGUUUGGAAAGACCCACACUCUGAAACCAAGUGCAAAAGAUCAUGCACAUACCAUGGCAAAGGGUGCGCCUGCGCAGCAUGUGGAGGACAUCAGUAUGAGGAUUUACCUUUGUGAAGGCCUUCUGGGCCGCGAUAAGAGCUCCGUUUGGGAUCAACUAGAGGAUGCUGCCAUGGAAACCUUUUCUCUAAGUAAAGAGCGCUCCACACUGUGGGACCAGAUGCAGUUCUGGGAGGACGCCUACUUAGAUGCUGUGAUGUUAGAGCGUGAGGGCAUGGGUAUGGACCAGGGACCCCAGGAGAUGAUUGAAAGAUACUUGUCGCUAGGAGAACACGACCGCAAGCGUCUGGAGGAUGAUGAAGACAGACUUCUGGCCACCCUGCUGCACAAUAUGAUUGCAUAUAUGCUAAUGUUAAAAUUGAACAAAAAUGACAUCAGAAAGAAAGUGAGGCGUUUGAUGGGGAAGUCCCACAUUGGCCUCUCAUACAGCCAAGAGAUCAACGAGAUACUGGACAAACUGCCCCAAAUGAACGGCCGUGAGCUGCCCAUCAGGCCCAGCGGAAGCCGCCACAUCAAGAAGCAAACAUUUGUUGUACAUGCUGGCACUGAUACCACAGGAGACAUCUUUUUCAUGGAGGUUUGCGAUGACUGUAUAGUCCUGCGCAGCAACAUCGGCACAGUUUACGAGCGUUGGUGGUACGAGAAGCUCAUCAACAUGACCUACUGCCCCAAGACCAAGGUGCUGUGUCUCUGGAGACGCAACGGCCAAGAGACGCAGCUCAAUAAGUUUUAUACCAAAAAGUGUCGGGAACUCUACUACUGUGUUAAAGACAGUAUGGAAAGAGCUGCAGCAAGACAGCAAAGUAUUAAACCAGGUCCAGAGCUGGGUGGAGAGUUCCCUGUCCAGGACAUGAAAACUGGUGAAGGUGGACUGCUGCAGGUUACACUGGAAGGGAUCAACCUUAAAUUCAUGCACAGCCAGGUUUUCAUAGAGCUGAGUCACAUUAAAAAGUGCAAUACAGUGAAGGGAGUCUUUGUCCUGGAGGAAUUUGUUCCUGAAACUAAAGAAGUGGUGAUCCACAAGUACAAGACACCCAUGGCACAUCAGAUCUGUUAUUCGGUCCUCUGCCUUUUCUCCUACGUGGCAGCAGUGAAAGGGAAGGAGGCAGAAGGAAAACCCAAGAUUCUGUCACCGAGACCCCUUCCUAGCUAGUCCUACCCCCCCUCCCCCGCCUCUGUACUUGAAAUGGCAUCUCAGCUCUAAAAACCAGACUUCUGACAAUCCCUAACUUUACUCUAAGCACACAAUUUCUGCCCCCCUCCCUCCUGUAUAUACAAGCCUAAGACCCUGCUGUGUACACGUGUUUGGUCCGUGAUGUUGUGUAAAUACUUCCAACCCCUCAUCGCUGUUGUCCUGAUGAUCAUACCAUCUAGCUAAAUGUUUGCCUGCUCCUUAACAUGGGAGGACAGACUCCCCUCGAGCUCUUCCCCUCAGUGUGAGAGUCUUCUAUUGUUCCAGCUGCCAAGUCCCAACUGUUUGUACCGAUAGGAGAUGUGAGGGAUAGCCCCGAGGCACAGAGUGCAUGCAGGUCCCGUGCACAGCCUUGACAUUCACUACAGAUUAUAUCCCCCCCCAACCCCUUCUACCUGUCUCCAUAAGACCUGUGUGAGUUAUUCUGUGAUAUGUUGUUGCUGUAAAGUUCCAGUCUGUCCAAGUUUUAACUGGUGAGACAUCCAGAGUGCAGAACGUCCCAUACUGAAAAUACUACUGUACAUUGCACCUGAGCACCGCAUGUAAACACUUCUUAAAAGUGUUUGAACCCUAAAAUAAUGUGAGUGUUCUCAGAUGUGUUCUCCUAUGUCAGCCCCCCAGGCUGAAUUACUGUUCUAGUUCUACUGUAAAAUUUAUCGUCUGUGGUCUGCUGUUAUCAAUUGCAUGUUACUAUGAGGAUGAAAAAUAAAUAUUAUAUAUUUCUAUAUAUAUUUUUUAAUAUAUAUAUAUACAUAUAUUGACUGUACAUUUCUCUGGAAAAAAAGAUGUUACAAAUUGUUGGUUUGCUAGAUGUGCAAUACUUAAAUAAGUAGUUAGCCAUUGCCAGAGCCAGGUUUUCUUAAGUUAACUGGUGUUCACAGGGUGAAGAAUGUGAGAGAGAACUUUUUUUUUAUAGUACAUAUUGAUUGAAGUGAAUGAUGACUUCAGUUUUCCAUGACUGUGUGUUUUUUUUUUUUUUUUUUUUGUAAAUCCACUCCGAAUCACAUGGCAAAAAAACAGCAGCUGUAUUGUUCUCUAUGGGUGCAAACUUUGGACCAUUUUGCACUCAGUCCGAAUCCCCAGUCAGUGAUGUCAUAGCAGGUGGUUAAAAACAGCAGCAGCAGGUGGAGGCAGGUGCUGCAGUAAACCUCAAUGUCAUCUUGUCACAGCUUUUCAGUGUUGCAGAGACUUUUUUCCAUUAGAAUUCAGCCACUACAAGCCAUGUUAAAUGUGUCUUAUAGUCUUAAUUGUUUGCGAUACUGUUGGUACACGUUAUUUUUCAAUUUGUCAUAAUAAGUAUGUGCUGUUAGUGUGUCGAAAUAGAAUGACAUGGAAACCAAACCCACCUGGCGAAAACCGUGCGUUACAUUAUAGCGAGUAAUGUGUGAGUGCAGAAGCGCUGUUGUUGAUGCUGUUACUUAGUCCUUAAAACCACCAGCAAUUUUUUUUAAAUUCCAUGUAAAGGAUCUCAUUUAGUGACCUGUCAUCAGCUGUACGUUUGUUGACCUGUAGCUGGAAUUCUUUUUUUUAUUUUUUUUAUUUUUUUUUAUUGCCACAUUCAAAUAUUGUCAGGUAAAGUCAGGAGUUCUGGGAUACUGGAAAUUUCCCACAGCUCUGGCAUGUCAACAAACUAGUGGCAAAAUGGCUGCAAAGCCUCCAUCUCUGGCAAUUAAGUCAAUUCAACGAGUUUAAAAACUAGCUAUAAAUGGUUUGUAGCUGUUUGCUCAUGAAUGAACCACUUCAAAUAGUUAAUACGACAAAAGAAACUAAGUUAGGCAGUUGGUGACAUGACUACAAAGAUAGCGGUAAAAGAAUAAUACACGAAUACGAACACCACAUUCUCCCAUUCUGCCGAUAUUGCUUGAAUAAGUUAUAUGUUCUGUUUGUUGUAUAGUCUUUAAAACAGGUUAGCAAUUUCUUUUACAGUUUCCAGGUACAAGAGAAGAAGAGUAAGUUACAAUGUCUGACACUAGUGCCAUUUCGGUUAUGCAGUUUACCCCACACCUGCUUUUACAUCACAGAUGAGGUUGUGACAAAAGUACAAAAGCUUCAAACUCACAGCAGCAUUUUUCCGUCUUGUGAUUGAUCCGACCCGUGUGUUGAAGCUGGCGUCAUCUGCUCCUCGAGGAGAUCGAGUCUUAAUGUUGUUUCUGUUCUGUGACAGUAAAGAAGGGUUGAAUCUGGUCCCAUCGCUGGCCCAUUAACUUUCACAGUGAGUGUGUGGGUUUGUGUGUGCACGUGCGUUCAUGUGGUGAACAGUUUCUCCAGAUCAGCAAUAUAUAUCAGUACAGCUAUAUCACUGGAAGAUGUUUUUUUGAUUCUGACAUGCUUGUAUUUUCAGUAAUUAAACUGUGCUAAUGAAAAUGAUUAGUAGGACAUUCAGAAAACGCUGUUCCAUUAAUGAAUGACACCCCCACAUGUCUGUAAAUAAAACAGAACUCGAUCUGAAGCAUCUCCAAAAUUGGUUUGGGACAGCUCUUUCUGCUUAAAUUAAAAAGAACUUUUGUUGGAUUG